AUGGUGCGAAUCAAGGAACGUUAUCUUCUAGUAAAGAUCCUCUACCCAAAUGAACUCGGAAACCAUUCCGAUCUUCCUGAUGUCGUAGUCGUCAACCAACCGACAACCGACCAACUCACUCCCGCAGCCCUGCUCAGAGGUAUACGCACAGAAGUCGCCAGUUUAUUUGGGGAUUAUGGUUCCGGAGCCAUUGAAGGCGGAAACUUGGGUGUUAAAUAUUUCUCGCAUGCAACCUCCACUUUCAUUCUGAAGAUUUCGCGAUCAUCAUAUCGCCUAGUUUGGUCCGCUCUCACAUUUAUGAACUCAGUUCCUGUUAGAAACGGGCAACCCUGCGUCUUUCGCGUUGUCCAUUGGAGAAUGACUACAAAGAGAAGUCUGAUGACUCUCUCAGCAACAUAUUCGGGAAGUCAGAAAGGCCGCAACGCGACGCGACUAUGGCGAAUUUGA